GGUUAUGAGGCUGCUACAUGAACCACAAGGUGGAGUAAAGUCCUCCUAUCAUCAAACAAAAAAGAGUUUGUGUAGUGUUUGUUCCAUUUAGCUCGGAGAAAGAUGGAGCUCUAUGUAUUUAUGUUCAUGCUUGCCGCACUUGUUUCUUCUGAGAAAAAAGUUGUUCAUGAGGAUUUUGCUGUAACUGGAUGCUCUGAUACAGAGAAAGAGGAAAUAUAUGGAAUGGAUAGAGAGGAAGUGUGGCACGCAGACUUUAUUAGAGGAGAAGGAGAAAUUACUCUACCUGACUUUUCAGAUCCCAUUGGCUAUGAUGGAUUCUAUCAGCAAGCUGUUGCUAACCAAGAAAUCUGCAAACAAAACUUAGCCACAGCUAUCAAAGCUUAUAAAUAUCCACAAGAGAAAAUGGACAAACCUCAGACUUCCAUCUAUGCCAGGAAUGAUGUGCAGCUAAAUGUUGAAAACCUCCUCAUCUGUCAUGUGACUGGAUUCUUCCCUCCUCCUGUCAGAGUCUCAUGGAAUAAAAACAACGAGGAUUUAAAAGCAGACAGUCUAAGUCAGUAUCGCCCAAAUGAGGACGGAACUUACAACAUCUUCUCCAGUCUGACGUUCACACCUGUGGAGGGAGACAUUUACAGCUGCACUGUGAACCACACAUCUCUCGAUCAACCUGAGACCAAAACAUGGGAUGUGGAUGUUGCUGUACCCGGUGUUGGUCCAGCUGUGUUCUGUGGAGUGGGUCUGUCUCUGGGGCUGCUGGGAGUUGCUGCUGGAACAUUCUUCCUCAUUAAAGGAAACAACUGCAACUGACAGCUCUGAGAUGCAAACAACAACAACAACAACAAAAAAACAAAGCAAAAUGUAUAUAGUUUUUGACAGGCCCUGCAAAUAAAAUCUGUUUCAUUUGACACCAGUGGAAUAUAAAACAGUAAUUUUGUGCAUCAUUCUGUCACUCGUCACAUUGGUGACAGGAAACAUCUUAGACGUCAUAUAGAAAUAGAUUCAUAGACACAUAAAUCUCAAUGUAAUCUUUAACAUUAAUAUUGCCUGAUAUUUCUAAUGCAACAAGGCAACAUCUUUGUUUGAAAUGUAACACCAUAUACACUUAUAUAGAGAUGUCUAAAAGUUUUAAAAUUAUCUUUUUGCUAAUACAUUUUCAGUUCAUCCAUAGUGAUAUCUGGAGAUUGGACUUUUAAUUUGAAUGGUUGAGCUCUCAUUGUCUUUCUCAUUGCUGGAUCAAUUAAAGUCUU